AUGAUUGCUAGUGAUGUGACUCCACCAGAACGUAAACAAUGGACAAAUCCUGUUGAGUUCUUUUUAACAUUAGUAGCAUUUGCUGUUGGCUUAGGCAAUGUUUGGCGUUUUCCAUAUCUCUGUUUCAAGAACGGAGGAGGCGCUUUUCUCAUACCAUAUACGCUCAUGCUUUUCUUCAUUGGUGCACCUGUGUUCUAUUUGGAAUUAACCUUAGGACAAUUUACCAGUGCUGGGCCAUUAGUUGUUUGGAAAGUCAAUCCAUUAUUGCGAGGCUUGUGA